AUGGAAUUUGCUGCAUUUCAAUAUAUUGGUGGAAUGACGAUGAGAUAUAUACAUUGUGCUGCAGCCAAAUUUCCAGGUGAAACGGCUGGCAUGUGUUGUACUAAUGACAAAGUGAAAUUGCCAGCAUUCGAAUCUCCACCUGAUCCACUGCACUCAUUGAUUUUUGGAACAUCACCAACGUCCAAGAAUUUUUUGUCCCACAUUCAAGAAUAUAAUACGCCAUUUCAAAUGACUUCUUUUGGUGCGAAAAAAGUUAUAAGAGACAGUUUUAUGCCGACGUUCAAGAUUCAAGCCCAGAUUUAUCUUAGAGCUGGUUCAUUAUUGCCAUUCCCUGACACCGAACCUCAAUUUUUGCAAAUCUAUUUUGUUGGGAAUAGCAAUGAUGAAUUGAAUCGUCGUUGUGCAAUUGCUCCAAGUGCAAGGCGUCAAAUUAUUUUGGACCUGCAAAUUUUUUUCCAUCAACACAAUGAAUUAGUUCAAUUGUUCAAAAUCGCUCUUGAUCUUAUGCCAUCCGAUAAUCAUAGGAUAGUAAUAAGUAAAACAAUCAGACAUUUAAAUUUUCUAUCAUUGUAUUUAUUAAUGGUCGCGACAUACCAGGCAAGACAGUUAGUGCAAUGAACUAUUACUCAUACAGAUUCAUGGUUCGUCCACAAGAAGACAACUUCAUUUUGAGAUGUGGCAAACUAUUCCAUCAAUACGCUGUGGACAUGUAUGCGAAGAU